GGCCCGAGCCAGACCAACUGGUGGACCAGGGCGGCAGGCAGGCAGUCAACCAAGGAGCAGGCACCCGAGGACCAAACAAACAAACAAACAAACAAAAAAAAAAAAACAAAACACAGACCAAACAACAGAAAAUGGGCGCCACGGUCUCGUGCAAGAAAACCUCCGGCAGCGGCCAUCCCGAGCACGAUGAUCCGGCGUAUCGACGUUGCCAGGAGCUCAAGAUGGAGCGCUGGAUACAGAUGCACUACCAGAUCAAGCAGCGGGAACAGGCACUGGCCAUUGCCCAGCACAGGGAGCUCUUCUACUGGCUGGGCGGCUUCUACUUGAGUGCCAUCUAUGGCUGUGCCAGCUACUAUCAGCGUGCGAAACGUCUCGCGGUGCUGGCACCACUCCUGCCACUCACCUUUGUCAUGGGCUACUACACCGACUGGGCCUACGGCAGCAAGCUGCAUCGCAUUCAAGCUGAGGCCAAUAUGAUAAUGGAGCACGAACAGGAGCUGCUGCAUUGGCCGGGCGGUCUGCCCUCGGUGGCCAGCAUAGAUGAGGCGCGCAUGGAGAAUGAAAUGGAGAAGAAAAUGCAUCCGCAUCACAUGUAGACAGAGAGUGAGAGAGAAUGGCAAAAAGUCUGCCCCCGCACCGCUCCCGCUCCCGCUCCCCCUCCCCCUCCCUUUCCUCCUAGGAUAUAACCUACCUGCAGCUGUGCUUCAUUUUAUUCUGCUGUGGUUUGGGUUUUAUAUUUAAAGUUACUCCUACUUUUACUCCUAUUCCUACUUCUACUCCUACUCCUACUUCUUCUCCUCUCCUCUCUCUAUAUUUACUUGCUCAAUAUUGUUCCCCUCGCACACAC